GUGGUGACAGUAACUUUGCUUCCUAGGAUGGAUGGCAGACAGAGGUGGUGUGCACAUCAGGCCUGGGCUCUGCUGGCUGUGACACUUGUAACUGGGGGAGUAGCACCCACUGGGGCCAUGGACAACAGUCCGACGUCUAACAGCCUGGAGGGAGGCAUGGCCACCACAGCCUACUGGUGGGGAGAGUGGACCAAGUGGACGGCGUGUUCCCGCAGCUGCGGGGGUGGGGUGAUGUCUCAGGAGCGUCACUGCCUGCAGCAGAGGAGGAAGUCUGUUGUGGGAGCCAGCAAUCGGACCUGCACGGGCACACCCAAGCGCUUCCAGCUGUGCAGAGCACAGGAGUGUCCGCCGGAUGGGAGGAGCUUCCGAGAGGAGCAGUGCAUCUCUUUCAACUCCCAUGUGUACAACGGGCGGACGUAUCAGUGGAAACCCCUGUACCCAGACGACUAUGUACACAUCUCCAGCAAGCCCUGUGAUCUACACUGCACCACGGCCGAUGGUCAGCGGCAGCUUAUGGUGCCGGCCCGCGACGGCACGUCCUGCAAGCUCGCCGACCUGCGAGGGGUUUGCGUGUCUGGAAAAUGUGAGCCCAUCGGCUGUGACGGGGUGCUCUUCUCCACACACACGCUGGACAAGUGCGGGGUCUGCCAGGGUGACGGGAGCAGCUGCACCCACGUGACCGGCAACUACCGCAAGGGAAACGCCCACCUCGGCUACUCCCUGGUGACCCACAUCCCGGCUGGUGCCACACACAUACAGAUCGUGGAGAGGAAACGGUCCGCAGACGUCCUAGCCCUAGCAGAUGAAGCUGGCCACUACUUCUUCAAUGGCAACUACAAGGUGGAUAGUCCUAAGAACUUCAACAUCGCUGGCACCGUGGUCAAGUAUCGGCGGCCCAUGGACAUCUAUGAGACCGGCAUUGAGUACAUCGUGGCUCAGGGGCCCACCAACCAAGGCCUAAAUGUCAUGGUGUGGAACCAGAAUGGCAGGAGUCCGUCCAUCACCUUCGAGUACACGCUGCUGCAGCCGCCACACGCUCAUCACAUGCAGCCGGCUGUCUACUACAGCUUUUCUCAGCCAGCCUCCGAGAGCACCGAGAGCCAGGAGCUGGGCGGGGCCGCCCUGCUGGGUUUCGUGGGCCACAACGGCUCCCUUUACGGCCAUGCCUCCAUGGAGAGGUUGGACCUGGGCCAUCGGCUCUUCGGCCCCCCGGAACCAGGGCUCGAACUGGGCUUGGGCAAGGGCCCAGAGACCAAUGAGGUGUGUGAGCAGGCUGGCGGUGGGGCCUGCGAGGGCCCCCCCAGAGUCAAGGGCUUACGAGACAGAAACACCACUGGGACGGUUCUUUCUGGGAGCAAGGAUGACCAAGAAGGUGAUGCCCACUUCACCUCCCAGGAGCUCCUCUCGGCCAACGCCAUCUCGGACCAGCACCUGGGCACAGUCUCGGACACCAAGGAGCUUACCCUCAACGAGACCGUCAACAGCAUCUUUGCGCCGAGUGCCCCGAGGAGCGCCCCCAUGGAGAGCCUCUAUGUGGAUUAUGAGGAGAACGAGGGUGCGGUUCCUUACCUAAUCAACGCCUCCUACCUGGAGCUGAGCAGUGACAUGGUUACCAACACUUCCUCAGAGGCCCCGUUCCCCAACACCAGUGCCAGCCUCCCCAAUGUGACCGGAAACAGGACCCACAAAGCCAGGACCAGGCCCAAGGCGCGUAAACAAGGCGUGAGUCCAGCGGACAUGUACCGGUGGAAGCUGUCCUCCCACGAGCCUUGCAGUGCCACUUGCACCACAGGGGUCCUGUCGACAUAUGCCAUGUGUGUCCGCUACGAUGGCAUCGAGGUAGACGACAGCUACUGUGACGCUCUGACUCGCCCUGAGCCCGUCCGCGAGUUCUGCGCCGGCAGGGAAUGUCAGCCCAGAUGGGAGACCAGCAGCUGGAGCGAGUGUUCGCGCACGUGUGACGAAGGCUUCCAGUUCCGCAUCGUGCGCUGUUGGAAGAUGUUGUCGCCUGGCUUCGACAGCUCCGUGUACAGUGACCUGUGCGAGGCAGCCGAGGCCGUGCGGCCAGAGGAGCGCAAGACGUGCAGGAACCCGGCCUGCGGGCCACAGUGGGAGAUGUCUGAGUGGUCGGAGUGUCCAGCCAAAUGUGGGGAGCAGAGCGUGGUGACCAGAGACAUCCGCUGCUCAGAGGACAAUAGGCUAUGUGACCCCAACACGCGGCCUGUCGGCGAGAAGAACUGCACGGGACCCCCCUGCGACCGCCAGUGGACCGUCUCUGACUGGGGGCCGUGCAGCGGGAGCUGUGGGCAGGGACGCAUGAUCCGACACGUGUAUUGCAAGACCAGGGACGGCCGUGUGGUGCCCGAGUCCCAGUGCCAGGUGGAGACCAAGCCCCUGGCUAUCCACCCCUGCGGGGACAAGAACUGCCCUGCCCAUUGGCUGACCCAGGACUGGGAGCGGUGCAACACCACCUGUGGGCGGGGCGUGAAGAAGCGGCUCGUGCUGUGCAUGGAGCUGGCCAAUGGAAAGCCGCAGACGCGCAGCGACCCCGAGUGCGGGCUGGCCAAGAAACCUCCGGAGGAGAGCACAUGCUUCGAGAGGCCCUGCUUCAAGUGGUACACCAGCCCCUGGUCGGAGUGCACCAAGACUUGUGGGGUGGGUGUGAGGAUGCGCGACGUCAAGUGUUACCAGGGAACUGACAUCGUCCGAGGCUGUGACCCCCUGGUGAAGCCCGUUGGCAAGCAGACCUGUGACUUGCAACAGUGCCCCACCGAGCCGCCCGAUGACAGCUGCCAGGACCAGCCAGGCACCAACUGUGUGCUGGCCCUCAAAGUGAACCUCUGCAGCCACUGGUACUACAGCAAGGCCUGCUGCCGCUCCUGCAGGCCCGUCCACUCCUAG